UAUUUCCUAACAAGAACUAGGAGAGUGAGGGCUGCGCCGGCGGCGGCGGCGGCGGCAAGAUAGCGAACGUCAGUGUUGAUUGCUGAAUCGCGGUGCAGUGUGUGUCCCGUUGCAGUCAGUGAAAUAGCAAACUGAGCUACUGCUGGUGCGUAUUCGCCUAUACUUCAGCGCUUCAGGAUCAACGACACGAUUACGUCACCUCAUUUGUUUUUUUCGACGCCUCUGCACCUGUGGCUCUUUUUUUACGUACAGUAAGCGAUCGGAACAUCUGGUGCCCGUGCUACAGCUGUAGAAGGCUCAACGCUGAGUCCAGCGGUUCAACGCAGCUGCACAGCUAAGAAUAACGGUACCUUGGAGACAAUUGAGCGUCCCCCAACAUGGAUUCCAGGUACGGUUCGGUCUCAGUUGUCAAGUUCGAGGGAUACGAAUGUGAUGCCUGCGGCCGUGGAGGCAUUGAGGGUACACUUUGGAAGUGUGAACUGUGCUUCAACUACGAUCUCUGCGAUCACUGCUACAAAGGAGGCAAGCACUACUAUGACCACCCGUUUCUGCUGCUCAAGAAGACCGGCGAUACUGUAGAAAGGGUUCCGCCGAGGAAGAAAUCUGGCAGGGUGCCAUCCAGCCCCAUCAGGGAAGGAGACUCCACAUUCUACGGAAUCACCUGUGAUGCUUGCGGCCAGAGAGGUAUCUCGGGUGUUCGUUGGAAGUGUGACGAGUGCAUCGACUACGACCUGUGCUCGCAUUGCUACAUGAACAGCGAGCACGCCGCCCACCCCUUUAUGCGCUUUGACAGGCCUCGCGACAAGGGCUUGAGAGUACCUCCUAGACAAGUUUCAACUGCCGCGGAGGCUAGAGGAAUUGUACAUUGGGGAAUCAAUUGUAAUGACUGUGGGGAACGUGGAAUCUACGGCACGCGGUGGAAGUGCCUGCCGUGCCUUGACCUCGACCUGUGUGGCGCCUGCUACGUGGGAGGCAGGCACAGCGAAGAACACGCAUUUCUAUGCAUUAAAAGGCCCGGUAGCGACGCAACGACGGUACCUCCCAGGAAGACAAUGGCCCAGUCACAACGGAGUUAUCUCACACCCGGAGGUGUCAAAUUCAGCGGUAUCUCUUGCAACUCCUGUAACCGCGACAGCUUCUUUGGCCCCCGCUGGAAGUGCACAGUUUGCACCAACUACGACCUGUGUGCUGCCUGCUACCUGUGCUAUGCUCACAACCCUGACCACGCCUUUACGCGUUUCGACCGGCCUCACGGUAGAUGGAUAAGGGUGCGCCCAAAGCAACCGUCAACCGACGCGGAGGAGUCGAUGGCCAUGUUACACAAGGGAGUUCACUGCAAUGGUUGUGGUGACCUCGGAAUCUUGGGCGAGCGCUGGAAGUGCCAGUUGUGCUACGGCUUUGACCUCUGCACCCCCUGCUACCUGUCCGACAUGCACGAUAAGCAGCAUCCAUUCCUGCGCAUUGACAGCGCCGGCGGUGUAGCGGUUAAGGUGCCGCCAAGGGAUACACGUGGCAGAACACCAGUGAUCUCUUCUACAGACGAGGGUUUCACGUUUCACGGACUGACAUGCGACGGAUGCGGCCAGAGUCCAAUUUCAGGAGCCAGCUGGAAGUGUGAUGUGUGCGACGACUACGACCUGUGCACAUUUUGCUUCGUCUCCGACACGCACAACGUCGGCCACCUCUUUGUGCGCUAUGAAAACUACUACGAGGAAGGAAUCAGGGUGGCCCCGGAGCGAGAACAAUCGAUGCUGAACUCCACAAGUAUCCGUCACAAAGAUGCCAAAUUCAGAGGAAUAGUCUGCGACGUCUGUAGCCAGCGUGACAUUGUCGGGACACGCUGGAAAUGCGCCGUCUGCCACGACUACGACCUUUGUACCACCUGCUACGCUGGCAAAAAGCACAACCUCGAUCACGCCUUCUUACGCUUUGAUGUCCCAGGUGGAGAGGGAAAACACGUACAACCCAGGCAGCAAUCCACCGACGCUGAAGACAAAGUCGAAAAUAAACAGGAAACGAAGAAGCAAGAAGCACGAACAAGUCCAAGUGGCGACCACACUGCUCAGACGGAGCUGGCGACAAAGCUGCGCGAGUUGGAAGUCACAUUGCAGUGUGUCAUUUGCAUGGAACGCCGGCGAAACGUGGCAUUCCUGUGCGGACACAGCGCAUGCGCCGUCUGCGCCGAGAUCCUGACCGCUUGUCACAUGUGCCGUGUUCCCAUCGCGAGGAGAAUCACUCUCUACUAGAUAAGACCGAAGCAUGGAUGUAAAUAAAGACCUAUCUAAGCUGCUCUUUUAAUCAUUGUCGUACAAUAUGGUUUCCUCGAUGACUCCGUUGCUUUCCCGACUGAAACUUU